AUGUCAGCGUUUAUGUCAUACGAUAUAACCAAUUGGUUAAUUACAGCCGUCAUCGGCUUUAUUACCUUAUAUUUAGUUCGUUUCUAUCAUAGAGUCUUAUCAUUACCCAGAGGUCCCAUUCCUCUACCAAUAAUGGGAAAUAUAUUAAAAUUUUUUAGGACAAAAGAAAAUCAAUUUUUAACAAUCAAUAAAAUGCAUAAAACUUAUGGACCGAUAUUAACAGUAUGGUUGGGAACAACACCAAUGGUAGUGAUUUCAGAUUAUAAACUAAUUAAAGAGGCAUUCAAUUCAAAGGACAAUGAAAUAAUGGGAAGACCUGAUACUAAUAUGAGUCGAUCAUUCAGACAAAAUGGAAAAGACGUGGUGUUUACAGAUCACGGACCCGAUUGGGCUAGUCUUAGACGAUUAGCCCACUCAGCUGUUAGAAAACUAGCAGUAAAUGAAAAGCUGUUUGUUUUGGUGAACGAUGCGGUUCGGGAAACGGUAGACAUUAUGAUUGCUACUGAAGGCUGUGAUAAACCAUUUAAUCCCAUGAGUUAUAUCUAUAUGUCUGUCAUCAAUAUCAUCGCUUCAUCGGCUUUUGGAAAAAGAUAUUCUUUCAACGAUCCGGAGCUUAAAUUUUAUGAAAAUAGUUUGGAAACAUUUAGAGCCACUUCUAACACAUUAGCACUUUGUGAUAGAGUGCCGGCUUUGAAGUUAUUCUAUAGAAAAGUUCUCAAUAAAGGUCUCAAUGUUAUCGAGAAAUUUUCGUCUAAUGUUAGACAACAGUAUCUCAAUCGCAUACCUGUCCACGAAAAUGGUGUUAUCGAUGAUUUCUGUGACGCUCUCAUUGAGGCUAAAGAGCUGGCAAUUGCCGAACAAAAGGAAAGCGCACCAAAUCUCACGGACACUAACUUAUCGUUACUUAUUAUGGAUUUAUUUAUUGCGGGAACCGAUACAACACAGUAUAUGAUGCGAUGGAUUAUACUACUUAUGGCCAACAAUUCAAAAAUGCAAAAUAAAAUGAGAGAUGAAAUCAAUGAUCUAAUUGGCGACCGAAUGAUUACACACGAAGAUAAAAAUAACUGUCAUUAUGUCAAUGCAUUUAUUGCCGAAACUUUACGUUUGAGGGGCGUUACGCCCUUAGGUGUGCCCCACGUUGCUAUGUGUGACACAAAAAUAGGUGAACACAACGUAAAAAAGGGUACAUUUGUAAUGAGUAAUCUAUGGAUCAUUUCUCGAGAUCCCAAAGUAUGGGACAAACCCGAAGAGUUUAAUCCAAACCGAUUUUUGUCUUCAGACGGAACUUUCAAGUCAUCGAUGACCGGAUUUGUACCGUUCGGUAUCGGUAGACGUGUUUGUUUAGGCGAGAAGCUGGCACUGGCAGAUUUAUUUUUCAUAACUGUGCAAUUAUUACAAACAACACAGCAAUACAUGUUGUCAUUACCCGGUGGUGAUGGAAGUGCCGAUUUGGAGCCCAAUCCUAAAGUUCUGCUGUUAAAUGUUCCGAAACCAUUAGUCAGGUAUUACAAAAUCAGUAUUGAAAAGUAA